AUGUGUUUGCCCAGAUCCAGAAAACCCCCUGAAUUAGGCCUCCUCAUCCUCACCAUUCUCAUCCUGACCCACUCUUCCCAACCCGCCCCGUCCUACACAACCCUAGUCUACAAAGGCUGCGCCAAACAGCCCCUAUCAAAUCCCUACCCCCAAACCCUUGCCUCCCUCUUCGCCUCCCUCACGCCCCAAUCCUCCAAAUCCAGAUUCGCCAAGGCCUCCUCCGCCGCACUCACCGGCCUCUUCCAGUGCCGCGGCGACCUCUCCCCCGCAGACUGCCACGCCUGCGUCGUCACCAUCCCGCCGAUGAUGGACAAGCUCUGCGGGAGGGUAAUCGCCGCCAGAAUUCAGCUAUUGGGCUGCUACAUGCUCUACGAGGCCGCGGGGUUCGCCCAGAUAUCGGGAAUGGCGAUGCUCUACAAGAGCUGCAGCAGGAAGACCGCCGGCGCCGGGGCUGGGUUUGAGGAGAAGAGGGACACUGCCCUGAGUGCGCUCGAGAACGGCGUUGGCGGCGGCGCGGGGUUUUUCACGACGAGCUUUGGGGACGUGUACGCGCUGGGGCAGUGCGAGGGCGAUGUGGGGGCGGCGGACUGUGCGGAGUGCGUGAGGAGUGCGGUGCAGAGGGCGCAGGUGGAGUGUGGGGGAGCCGUUGGGGGCCAGAUUUAUCUGCACAGAUGCUUUAUUGGGUAUAGUUAUUAUGCCAAUGGCCUGCCUAAAAGGGGCUCGCCUUCAUCUCCUUCCUCCUAUUCUUCAGGAGGAGGGCCGGAUACUGGAAAAACUGUUGCAAUAAUAUUAGGAGGAGCAGCAGGAAUUGGUUUUUUUGUCAUCUGCUUGCUUUUUGCCAGAGGAUUAAUCAAGAAAAAAGAUGAUUACUGA